AUGGGCCACGCCCACUCUUCAUCUUCUAAUGGCAGCUCUUUGGUUCAAAAUGGGCAUGAUGAGAAAACAAAAGAAAAGGUAGAAAAACUGUUUCGCCAGAACAAUCGGACCAAUCGAAGCCGCAGUUUAGACAAUCGUACUCAGGAGAAACUUCCGAAUAGACCAGUAGGGUCAAGUCACUCGGCUAGAUUCCCAAAGACAAGACAUAUUCCAAUUCCAACUCAAGGACCGAGGAAAUCAGAAGACGGACCGAAUGGCUCGAUUUCUGGACUCACUCGGGACGACAAGAGAAUCAUUGAAACAUGCUGGUUUAAAUGCUCACAGAAACAACUCAGAAAAUGUUCAUGUGACAUGUUUUGGGAUAUUCUACACACUGACGAAGACAUUCUCCGGCUGUUCAGAUUGGACCAUGUAUCACCGAAUCGGUUGAAGGAGAAUGAGUAUUUCAAGUCACAUGCAUCAAAUUUGGCAUUGGUUUUAAAUUUGGUUGUCACGAAUCUACAGGAUAACUUUGAGCAGGCACAAGAUGCACUUCAGGCUCUGGGAUAUCAGCAUCUUCAUCUGAUUGACCGAACGCAUUUCCAAUCAAUGUAUUGGGAUAUUUUCACGGAUUGUUUCGAGAGAAAUCCUCCCCCAUCAUUCAAGAAAGGAGCCGAGAGGGAGGUGUGGAGUCGGAUGAUUUUAUUCAUAAUGGGUCAAAUGAAAACGGGUUAUCAACGAGCGAUUCAGGAGGAGAAGUGCGAGAGAUUGAGUGUACCUCUUCUUAUGUGA